AUGUCCUCUCGAGCUGCCGCAGCCACUGCUGUGGCGAAGGUCAGCCGCCUCGUCUCCCCACGUCUCCGCAUCAUCCAGCGCGACUACCUCACCCGCCGCGGCGGCCGUACACAUCAGGUGCGCUCGGCCGUCGCGGUCGACUACACGCCAACGUACUUUGCGGCUUACAAGAACGAUGCGGCACAGUGCCCGCGGCUCAUCGAUGCUGAGGUGGUGCAUGGCGAUGAGCAAGCGUUCUGGUCGGCUCGCCGAGACUUCUACCGUAGCGGGGCAUCGCGGUCGUACUACCCCACAUGGGACCGGCAGGCGCAGGCGCUUAUCAUGCUCACUCGCGAAGUCCCACGCAUUCCACAGGAGGCCUCCUUUCGUCUGUUUACACUGGGGUUGAGGAUGAUGUUGCUGCCGCGGCUGAUGGUUGGUGCGGAGCUGAUGUUGCCGUCAUGGGUGACAAUGAACGCGGAGGCGUUGCUGGGUGAGGCUUUAGACGAGAAGAUGGCGAAGACGGCUGGCGACGGCAAGGCGACUGGUGCGGCAGCAGGUGCUGCUGCUGCUCUGUCCUCGACAUCUUCGGUGGGUACUGGUGAAAGUGGCGACUCGGCGAGUGAGGAAAAGAAGUAG